ACUGGCGGGAAAAAAGUUCCAGAGUUAAACCAGAGAAAAGAGAUAGGGCACCCAGGGGAAGAUUGAACUUGACAGCUUUCGAGUUGCCCUCUAACGUUCAGUUCUUAUAUAGUGUGCCGUGCGUGCCAAACGAAAACGAAAAGUCGGGGCUGACAGAUCUAUAACUUGCAAGUCUGAAUGGGAGAAGGGGGACUAGUACCCGUCCAUGAUUCGCUGCUUGUUGCCAGAAGUAGUCGUAAGAUGGCAAUCCCUAAACAGAUAUGGCCGAUUUCCUCUUCGCUUUCGCAUCUGUUUAUGUUUGAGCAGCUUUUGCUUGAUUGAGCAACAAAAGGAGGCCUGUGAAAUCCUCAACUAUUUGCUGCUCAGAGAAAUAGUUUUCUAAACAGAUUUUUUAAAAUAUAUAAAGUUUUUGUUCACCUUUAGUCAAUUGUGGUGUUAAGAUGACUCCAAGGAAAUUAAUUAAAAAAGAAAAAGGUUCAGAUGGAGAAGAAAGCUUGCCUGAUAAGAGUCAUUCCACUCGUUUACUUCGGAAACGCGAAUGGGAUUCUGCAAGCAUUAUAAGUCCAGAAAGAGGGCCAGCACAAAACAAAGAACUUAGAAGAGAUAACUUGCAUUUGAAGCGGUCACUCACAUCCUCUUAUACCGAAACAGCAAAGAAAAAUUUGACUAAUACAGAGAAACUUUCAUCUUCUCUGUUGAAGGAGUCAAAAACUGAGGUAAAAGUUGAGAAACCAGAGCUUGAAACAGGGGACACUAGUGGCAGGAGCACCAAUACUUCAAAUGGUUUUGAGGAAGAUCCUUUGAUUCUCUCCCGGAGACAAAAACAGAUUGACUAUGGGAAAAAUACCAUAGCCUAUGACAACUAUAUUAAAGCCAUACCCAAAAAUCAAAGAACCAAGGAGCACCCCCAAACUCCCAACAAGUACAAAAAGUAUAGUAGAAGAGGCUGGGAUGGAUCAAUAAGAGUGUGGAGGCAAAAGUUGCAUGUUUUUGAUAAUGAUGAUAGUAAAGAAAAGGAGUGUGCAGCUGUUGGUUCUGUAGAUGAUGCUGAAAUCGAAGGUGCCCUGGACUUCCUCCCUUUUGAUCUAAUCGAUUCCGACGUCGUUCUGUAGACCACUUUUUACUCAUAGAAGUGAAACAACAUUUUAGACCCAAACGAAGACAUGCGCGUAACAUAUUAAAUUUUUGUGUGUGAUCAGUAAGUCUUUAUAUUUAUGAGCUUCCUGAAUUUUCUUUCAAUUUCAAGGCAGUUCUGCAGCUUAAACGGAGCCUUCAAUUUUCGCGUAGUUCAUUUGAGCGAUCUUAACUGUUCAUAACAGCCAAAUAUGUAACUUGUAAUUAAUUAAACACGUUCAAAGCUGUA